AUGGGCCUGAAAGUUGUCUCCUCAGCAGUAAUAUCAGUCUCACUAUUUUUAUUGUUAGCAUCAACUGCUAAAGCCCAAUCAAGAGGUGUCUUCGAUGUGACUAAAAAUGGUGCUGCCGGUAAAGAUAUCACAGAGGCUUUAACCAAUGCUUGGAAAGAUGCUUGUGCUUCAACAAACCCCAGCAAAGUUCUUAUUCCAAGUGGGACAUACUCGUUACGGAAAUUGACUCUAGCAGGUCCUUGCAAGGCUGCGAUUGAGCUCCAAGUUGAUGGCAUGUUGAAGGCACCGGUUGACCCAAAUCAGUUCUCAGGAGGUCAUUGGGUUAAUUUCGAACACGUUGAUAAAUUUACAUUGUCGGGAAGCGGCACUUUUGAUGGGCAGGGAAAGGCUGCGUGGAGCAAAAGUACAUGUCAGAAAGAUAAAGAUUGUGACAGCCUCCCAAUGAAUUUAAGGUUCGAUUUCAUCACCAAUGCAUUAGUCCGAGACAUAACUAGUCAAGAUAGCAAGAACUUUCAUGUUAACGUCUUGGGGUGCAAAAACCUCACCUUCCAGCAUUUUACCGUGAGUGCACCUGGUGACAGUGUAAACACCGAUGGAAUCCAUGUCGGCCAAUCUACUGGGAUCUACAUUAUCGAUUCAAAAAUUGGCACAGGCGAUGAUUGUAUCUCCGUGGGAGAUGGCACCGAAGAACUACAUAUCACAGGAGUAACAUGUGGACCUGGCCAUGGCAUCAGUGUUGGAAGUUUAGGGAAAUACCCCAAUGAGAAACCUGUUUCUGGAAUAUUUGUCAAGAAUUGCACCAUCUCAGAUACCACAAAUGGCGUUAGAAUAAAAUCUUGGCCAGCUUUAUACGGUGGUGUCGCAUCUAACAUGCAUUUUGAGGAUAUUGUCAUGAACAAUGUCCAGAACCCUGUCAUCAUAGAUCAAGUGUAUUGCCCAUGGAACCAAUGCAGUCUAAAGGCUCCAUCAAAAGUGAAGAUCAGUGGUGUUAGUUUUAAGAAUAUAAGGGGAACUUCCGCAACUCCGGUUGUUGUGCAGAUUGCUUGCAGCAGUGGCUUCCCAUGUGAGAAGGUGGAGCUUGCUGACAUUAAACUUGCAUAUAGCGGACCAGACGGCCCUGCAAAAUCCCUAUGUUCUAACGUUAAGCCCAUGAUUUCUGGGAUAAUGAGCGCACCCGGAUGUUGA